AAGUCUCGCGUUGUUACGUCUCUGUGUUUGGUGGGGAAACAGGAAGUUCCGCGCAGGCGCACAUCAUUCUUCAGAAUAAAGGAUACGUCAGAAUUGUGCAGUCGAGACGACAACUUCUGUGUCCGUUUCAAAUAUAUUACUACUGUCUGAGGCCGGUAACAUCAACAGUGAGGACAAACCCAGUCUUCCUCUCUCCUUCCACACUGAGUUCAAACCUACAGUCACUGGGUCCUGAUUGUGACAGUGGAGCCCAGUUUGCACUGCAGGAUCCAGAGAUGGCAUCAGUGAAGCUGGAAGACUGCAGUCAAACACUGGAGCUGAAUGUCAACAUUAAAGAUGAAGAAGAGGAGGAGGAGAUUGGGACAAAUGUUUCUCAUGACUCAGGUAUGAGGUCGGUAACAUCAACAGUGAGGACAAACCCAGCCUGCCUCUCUCCUUCCACACUGAGUAGAAACCUACAGUCACUGGGUCCUGAUUGUGACAGUGGAGCCCAGUUUACACUACAGGAUCCAGAGAUGGCAUCAGUGAAGCUGGAAGACUGCAGUCAAACACUGGAGCUGAAUGUCAACAUUAAAGAUGAAGAAGAGGAGGAGAAGAUUGGGACAUCUGUUAGUCAUGGACGACUAGAAUUAAGUCUGAGGCCGGUAACGUCAACAGUGACGACAAACUCAGCCUGCCUCUCUCCUUCCACACUGAGUCCAAACCUACAGUCACUGGGUCCUGAUUGUGACAGUGGAGCCCAGUUUGCACUGCAGGAUCCAGAGAUGGCAUCAGUGAAGCUGGAAGACUGCAGUCAAACACAGGAGCUGAAUGUAAACAUUAAAGAUGAAGAAGUGGAGGAGAAGAUUGGGAAACCUGUUUCUCAUGGUAUGAGGCUAGUAACAUCAACAGUGAGGACAAACCCAGCCCUCCUCUCUCCUUCUGCACUGACUCCAAACCUACAGUCACUGGGUCCUGAUUGUGACAGUGGAGCCCAGUUUGCACUGCAGGAUCCAGAGAUGGCAUCAGUGAAGCUGGAGGACUGCAGUCAAACACUGGAGCUGAAUGUCAACAUUAAAGAUGAAGAAGAGGAGGAGAAGAUUGGGAAAUCUGUUUCUCAUGUACUUGCCGACGCUGGUAUGAGGCCGGUAACCUCAACAGUGAGGACAAACGCAGGCCUCCUCUCUCCUUCCACACUGACUUCAAACCUACAGUCACUGGGUCCUGAUUGUGACAGUGGGGCCCAGUUUGCACUGCAGGAAUCAGAGAUGACAUCAGUGAAGCUGGAAGACUGCAGUCAAACACUGGAGCUGAAUGUCAACAUUAAAGAUGAAGAAGAGGAGGAGAAGAUUGGGACAUCUGUUUCUCAUGGACUAGAAUUAAGUCUGAGGCCGGUAACAUCAACAGUAACGACAAACCCAGCCUGCCUCUCUCCUUCCACACCGAGUCCAAACCUACAGUCACAGGGUCCUGAUUGUGACAGUGGAGCCCAGUUUGCACUGCAGGAUCCAGAGAUGGCAUCAGUGAAGCUGGAAGACUGCAGUCAAACACUGGAGCUGAAUGUCAACAUUAAAGAUGAAGAAGAAGAGGAGGAGAAGAUUGGGACAUCUGUUAGUCAUGGACGACUAGAAUUAAGUCUGAGGCCGGUAACGUCAACAGUGACGACAAACUCAGCCUGCCUCUCUCCUUCCACACUGAGUCCAAACCUACAGUCACUGGGUCCUGAUUGUGACAGUGGAGCCCAGUUUGCACUGCAGGAUCCAGAGAUGGCAUCAGUGAAGCUGGAAGACUGCAGUCAAACACAGGAGCUGAAUGUAAACAUUAAAGAUGAAGAAGUGGAGGAGAAGAUUGGGAAACCUGUUUCUCAUGGAGACCAUGUUGAGACAUUCUCUACAUCCAGAGAGCAAAAGCAGGAAGAUCACAGAGCUAAGAGGUCUCACCCCUGCCCACAUUGUGAGGAGAUUUUCCCAUUUCUAUCAAAGCUGAAAGUACACCUAAAAAUACACACAGGAGAGAAUCGGUAUUCCUAUACUGACGGUGGGAAGAAUUUCACAACAUCCAAGGCUCUGACAGUUCAUCAGAGAGUGCAUACAGGAGAGAAGCUGUUCUCCUGCUCUGACUGUGUAAAGUGCUUCACAACAUCAACUAGGCUAAAAGUUCAUCAAAGAACACACACAGGAGAGAAGCCUUACAUCUGCUCUGACUGUAAGGCGAGUUUCUCUCUACUGCGCAACUUAAAACGACAUGAACGUAUACACACAGGAGAGAAGCUUUACUCCUGCUCUGACUGUAAGGCGAGUUUCUCUCUACUGCGCAACUUAAAACGACAUGAACGUUUACACACAGGAGAGAAGCUUUACUCCUGCUCUGACUGUGUAAAGUGCUUCACAACAUCAACUAGGCUAAAAGUUCAUCAAAGAACACACACAGGAGAGAAGCCUUACAUCUGCUCUGACUGUAAGGUGAGUUUCUCUCUACUGCGCAACUUAAAACGACAUGAACGUUUACACACAGGAGAGAAGCUUUACUCCUGCUCUGACUGUAAGGCGAGUUUCUCUCUACUGUGCAACUUAAAACGACAUGAACGUAUACACACAGGAGAGAAGCCUUACUCCUGCUCUGACUGUGGAAAAAGUUUCUCUCGACUGGGCCACUUAAAAACACAUAAACAUAUACAUACGGGAGAGAAGCCUUACUCCUGCUCUGACUGUGGAAAAAGUUUCUCUCGACUGGGCCACUUAAAAACACAUAAACAUAUACAUACAGGAGAGAAGCCUUACUCCUGCUCUGACUGUGUAAAAUGCUUCACAACAUCAGCUGAGCUAAAAGUUCAUCAGAGAACACACACAGGAGAGAAGCCUUAUUCCUGCUCUGAUUGUAUGAAAUGCUUCACAACAUCAACUAGGCUAAAAGUUCAUCAGAGAACACACACAGGAGAGAAGCCUUACAUCUGCUCUGACUGUGCGGCAAGUUUCUCUGUACUGUGCCACUUAAAACGACAUGAAAGUGUACACACAGGAGAAAAGCCUUAUCACUGCACUGACUGUGAGAAGAGAUUCUACAGAUUGGGCCAUUUAAAAAGACACCAAUGUAUACAUAAAGGAGAGAAGUUUUCUCAGACCAGCUAAGAUUAGACACUCCACUUAAUUCUCAUGUCAUUAAAUAAUUGGCAACGUUGAAUUGAAUCAAAUGAAGAAAGCGUAGAACACUCAAUUGUUAUCCUGUUGUUUCUCACUGUGAGAGAAAAAUGCAGAGGGAAUGGAGCAUUAUAGAAUGUUAGCCUGUCUUUACUUUACUGAUCAGUGUACACCUUGACAGUUUUGGUGAGUGUUGUUAGCAUCUACUGUAAAGAUAUUGAGAUGACCUUGGAUUUGCCCUUAAGGUUGAAUAUCCUUUGUGAGGCUUCUCACAGUGGAGUCUGAUGGGUAACUGAGUGGUACUGCUUCACUCUGCAGUUUUCUGUGGGAUUGAGCUAGUAGACACAACGUGCACUGAGUGUACAAACCAUUAACGACACCUGUUCUUUCCUUGACAUAGACUGACCAGCUGAACCCAGGUGAAAGCUAUGAUCCUUAAUGAUCUAGUUGUUGUGUAUUUAUUAUAGAUCCUCAUUAGCUUUCAAAAAAAAACAAACUGCGGUUGCAGUGGGCUAAGGAAUGAAAACACUGGACACUGGAAAAUUGGAAACAUACUGCCUGGUCUGAUGAAUCCCAGUUCCUGCUGUUUCAUACUGAUGGGAGGAAAUGGUGGAAAAAGUACCUAACUGUCAUACUUGAGUAAAAGUAAUGAUACCUUAAUAGAAAAUGACUCAAGUGAAAGUGAGUCACCCAUUAAAAUACUACUUGAGUAAAAGUAUUUGGUUGUAAAGAUACUUAAGUAUCAAAAGUAAAAGUAUGAAUAAUUUCAAAUUGCUUCAAUUAAGCAAACCAGACAGCACAUUUGUCUUUAAAAAAAAUGUUUAGUACGGAUAGCCAGGGAGCAGACUCCAACACUCAGACAUCAUUUACAAACGAAGCAUUUGUGUUUAGUGAGUCUUCCAGAUCAGAGGCAGUGGGGAGGACCAGGGAUGUUCUCUUGAUAAGUGUGUGAACUGGACCAUUUCCUGUCCUGCUAAUCAUAAACAAUGUAAGGGGUAUUUUGGAUGUCAGGGAAAAUGAAUGGAGUAAGAAGUACAUUAUUUUCUUUCGGAAUGUAGUGAAAAAGUUGUAAACGAUAUAAAUAGUAAAGUACAGAUACGCCCCAAAAACUGCUAAAUUAGUUAUUUAAAUACAUUUUUCUGAAAAAAGGGGUCAAAUUAAAAACAAACAAAAUAUAUAAAUAGUAAAGUACAGAUAAAACUAAAGUAGGUCUUUAAAUCAUUUUUACUUAAGUACUUUACACCACUGCAUGCAUCCAUGCCGUGUGUCAGCAUUGCAGGCUGGUGGUGUGAUGGUUGGGGUGUGUUUUCAGGCCACACAUUGGGCCUCUUGAUAAAAGAUGAGCAAUGUUUGAAUGCCACAGGAUAUCUAAAGAAUAUCAGGUGCCUCCCUUCAUGGUAGCAGUGUAUCCAUCUGCAAAUAGAUUUCUUCAGCAGGAUUAUGCCACAAGGCUUGUCCAGGAAUGGUUCCAAGAACAUGACAGAGAAUUCAGUUUACUGUGGGAGGAGAUGGAACGAGCUAUUCAGAGUAGACACCUUGGACAGUCUAUGCACCGAUGAAUUGAGGAUGUUCUGAGGACAAAGGGGGGUGCAACUCAAUAUUAGGAAGGUGUUCCUAAUGUUUUGUACACAGUGUAUAUCAGAUAAAGAUGGGGUGGUCAGUUUUUAGCAUUGGUAUGGGUGUAUUAUUUUAUUACUAAACUUUUGUUUAAUGAUUAACAGAUUUAUGAAUAUACUGCUUGUUUAUUAAAUUGUCUUUAAUACUUGAUUCAUUAUUGUAGUCAUUGAUGAUGAAUGUAUUUGAAUAACUGUAUUGAAGUUAAUUGAUCUGGCGGCAGGUUGCCUAGCGGUUAAGAGUGUUGGGCCAGUAACUGAAAGGUUGCUUGUUUGAAUCCCGAGCCGACUAGGUGUAAAAAUCUGUCAUUGUGCCCUUGAGCAAGGCAAUUAACUCUUAUUUCUCCUGUAAGUCUCUCUGGAUAAGAACAUCUGCUAAAUGACAAGAAUGCAAUGAAAAAUAAUGUUUGUACAUACAUUUUUUUCUCUCUUGUGUAUAAUUAAAUGAAAUAAACUGUUUGAAGUGACAUACUGUAUAAACAAUACACAACAUUACCAAUUUGUUUACCCUGGUCAGAGGGACAGGACCAUAGUAAACUAGACUAUGUAACUGCUGCUGUUAGUAGCCUACAGUUUCCAUGUAAUACAGCAUGUCAGAUCACUAAUGAUUAGGUGUAUAGGCUGCUACAUUUCUGCUUAUGUCUUUUGGGAGUGAUAUGUUAUCAGGCUAAGUAACUACUAUGUACAUUAUUUACCCAUUUCAAUCUUAUACCAACCAACCCUAUGCUUGGUGUGACUGUUAUGGUCAGAACAGACCAUCUGAUAUGCCCCUAAAUAUUGUAAUAUGCAACCUGGAAUUAAAAUGUAAGAGGACCAGUGCUUCUACAGUGAAUCAGAUCUUGUGCUGUUUGAGAGAGAUGUUGUUAGACUGCAUUGUAUCGUUGUUUCCUCUUCUUGGUGCACUGGUGGGCAACAAUAUCAUUUCAAUUCACAGAGACAAUGAAUAUUUCAAAUACUUAUUUUCCACCAUAAUUUGUAAAUAAAUAAAUUAAAAUCUACAA